AAAACCCAGAAAAAAGAGCACAACUUUUCUUCUUCCUAGCCACCCUCCUAUUUCUCUCGCCUCCCAAAAUCCCAAUUCCAGUUUUCCGAUUUCAGCUGUCCACGGAGCAAACCAGUUAAGACCCACAUUAUUAAUUCUCCACCCCAAAGUUUCCGACCCAUUAGUGUCGAUCACUGUGGUGCUGUUAACUCCAAGCCCUUCAAUCGAUCGAGAGAGCCAACUGGAAGUAGCUCAGCAAACAGAACUACAGAUGGCUCCAUGGAAAAGGUUUUUUUACCGGUAGUUGCAGUUCCGCGAGUAUGGAGAAGGACAAAGUGGUUACCCUGAAGCAGAACAAGCAGGUGCCUGUGACUGAAACUGUAGAUGCUGCUGACAACAUGUUUGAAGAUGCCAGAGAUUCGUUUGUUUUUGAGAAAUUCGACAUUGUUGACGAUUUUUCCGACCACCAUUUCGCAAAGAAUGCAACUCCAUGGACGAAACAACCUCCGAAGGAAUGGGCAAAGAAGAUACAGGGGGAAUGGAGGAUUCUCCAGAACCAUUUACCUGAUACCAUUUUUGUUAGAGUCUAUGAAUCCAGGAUGGACCUUUUGAGGGCUGCCAUUAUUGGAGCAGAAGGAACUCCAUACCAUGAUGGCCUCUUCUUCUUUGAUGUCUCUUUCCCAAGCAAUUAUCCUUCUGUGCCUCCUCUUGUUUACUACUACUCCCGCAGUUAUCGUAUCAACCCGAAUUUAUACAACAAUGGAACUGUUUGCCUCAGCCUUCUGAACACUUGGUAUGGUCGUGGCAAGGAACUGUGGAUUCCCAAAGAAUCAACCAUCCUCCAAGUUUUGGUAUCCAUACAAGGCCUAAUUUUGAAUUCGAAACCAUUUUUCAACGAACCUGGAGUGAGCUACUUACCUUUCAUGGGAAAACUCUCAAAGGAGUACAACGAGAACACUUUCAUGUUUUCACUUAAAACAAUGGUCUGCAGCAUUAAGAAUCCACCUAAACAUUUUGAAGAACUGGUUGCCGGGCAUUUUUCGAGGCGUGCUCGUGAUAUUUUGGUGGCAUGUAAGUCAUACAUUGAUGGAGCGCAGGUGGGUUGUCUUGUAAAAGGAAGUGUUCAAGAUCCUAAACAGAGUAACAAAAGAUGCUCAGAGUAUUUCAGAAAACAUUUGGCUGAAUACAUCACAAUACUUGUGGAAGCAUUUAGAGAGAUGGGAGUUAAUGAUUGUGAUGAGUUUCUUUCUUUAACCCAGAAUGCAACUGCAGCGAAGAUUUCUGCACCGAAGAAAUUCUGGUUUUUUUUUUACCACCAGUUCACUUCUUAAAUAUGCGCGCCUGAAAAGUUCUCACUACAGAGAAAUUGCUAAUGAGAUCAGCAAAUGGUGCUCCUUUCGUCCCAAAAUUAUUGUCCACUUUGAGAUUUUACUUUUACUACAAUUCAAAAGUAAACUGAAAAUCCAAUUUGAACAAUAGUUUUGGGACGAAGGAAGUAUUAGAUUUGACAUUUGGACGUUUCUAUAUGCAUAUAGUUGAUGACCAUAGAUGCGGUGUAGUCUUGAAUAGUACUAGAUGGUACAUCUUAACAAAUUGUAGAUGGCGGUACAGCUUCACAGUAGCUCUGCUCUCGGAUUACUAGUUUAUGCAAGUUUGAACAAUCUACUAUUAUAUUUCAUCAACUUGAAAAUUUGACUUGAAGUUGUGUUAUUGUGAUAAUGGGUGAAAAGUCGU